AGCAGCCUCUAUCCACCUAGGGGAAAACACUGCUCUUGCAGUCGGAAUUCUUCUAGUAAGUACUCCCUAGUGAUGGCUUUUGGUCCCCGAGCAGCUAAAAAGUGUUUACGCUAUUUUGUUUAUUUUGUGGGAUUCACUUUCACUGGUGUUUUUGUGAUUUAUGUAUUUUAUACUGGACAACGUCAUCAAGCUUACAUUCGUGUUCCAAACCUACAGUGCAACUACACAGAUCUUGAAGUUGAGCAACUGUUAAAUCUAACUUUUGACGUUCAUAAURUUCUUGAUCAACUCCAUCUAGACCAUUGGCUCAUGUAUGGUUCUGUUUUUGGCGCCCUUCGAGCACAAGGACCUUUGCCAUGGGACUACGACGUUGAUAUAGGAAUUAGAGGCGAGCAAUUUCUGGCGAUUGACAAAGCCACAUUUUUUCAGAGUUUUACAUCCAAAGGAAUCAGKUGUACAGAUCACCUUAAAASAARUGGUUUGAUARMGUUUAGUAGACSUGGAUGGAAACUUUCURUGGACGCGUUUACGUUUUACAAUUACAGAGGAAUCAUGAAAAGACCUGGAUGGGMWUCCUGGUUGCUUUUCGUCAACUACGAACUUCACCAUACUUUCCCCGCGCGAUUAGUAAAUCCACCUUUGCCGAAMACUAAGUUUGGGUUUUUCAACAUUUGCAUUCCUCAUGGGAAGAACGAAAUCACCAAAUAUUUGUAUAGAUUUGACUGGUGGAAGGAAGUUAGACCUUUACGAUGUUAAUAAUAAUYAUUAUUAGCGA